UGAUGUGUUUAUCUUUUUUGGAUUGAUAACAUUUAAUUUUUUCAGACGACACGGAAGCAAAUCCCCCUUUAUCAAAUUUAUGAGAAUUAAACCGCUUGCAAGAACGAACAAGUAUGACCGAGGAAGCGCCAAAAGAGGACUACAUCCAAAAACGGCUCGAUAAGAUAGUGGAAAGUCGUAUAGAUUCGGACCGAGAGACGUUGGAUGCAUUAACAGAUUUGUCCGAAUUUUACACGGAAAACACACUCCAGUCGAGACGGAAUUUACGAAGCCAAAUCGAGCGGAGGAGUCUGGCUAUCAAUCAGAAUUUUCUUGCAGCGUUCCGUGAAGUCAAACAGGCUUUGGAUGGCAUUUGUGAUGACAUUGGCGCCAUCAGCGAAUCUGUCGGUAGUAUGAAAACCCAGCUAAGUAACACGGAAGCCCAGCAGCAAGAGCUAAUCAAACAGGCCAACACUUUGCAGGAGGAAAAUAAUAAGCUGCUAUUGCAGCAAAAGAUUGCCUCCGGGUUCUUGUCACGGUUCCAACUGUCGGUGACCGAGCAUCAGACCCUUUAUGGUACAACGCGGGAUGAGCCCAUAACGGCUGAGUUCUUUAACGUGCUGGAUCACGUACAGGCUAUCCAUGCGGAUUGCAAAACGCUGCUCCAAAGUGGCUACCAAACGUCGGCGUUGGAUAUCAUGGAGGAGAUGACACUGCACCAGGAGGCGGCUUUGGAGCGAAUAUACAGAUGGACUCAGAGCCACUGUCGGAAUGUGGACAACAACGAAAUAGGGUUGCUGUUGAUCCAAGCGAUGGCUCGUCUUCAGGAGCGGCCGGUGCUGUUUAAGUAUGUAAUCGAUGAGUACUCAACCGCGAGGCGAUCGGUUGUCGUGAGAAGCUUCAUAGACGCCCUAACAGUUGGGGGACCGAACACAAAACCAAUCGAAAUGUUAGCUCACGAUCCAAAACGAUACAUCGGGGACAUGUUGGCCUACAUUCAUCAAAUUCUGCCGGCUGAAAAGGAAAACUUGUUGAUGCUGGUGAAAAUGUGCGACAAGGAUAUAACAGAACAGAUUCAGCUUGCGAUGACGGGUAUCUCUGAUGGUGUUUGUCAUCCGCUGAGAGUUCGGGUAGAAAUGGUGCUUAACACCGAGAAGGACACAAUCGUGCUGUAUUCCAUAUCGAAUCUUAUUCGUUUCUAUCAAAAUAUCAUAAAUAAUGUUGUCAAAGGUGGCCAGCUCGAACAGUGCAUCAUCGAUUUGCAGUCACAUUCCGAGGCAUCCUAUCUCAGCUCGCUCACCUAUCAGGUCAAGCAGCUUCUCCAAGGCCCAAACGAACACAAGCUGGGCCUCGAACCUCCCCAAACCAAUUUGGUUCCCUCGUCCAGUGUGGGCAGAUUGCUGAAUCUUCUCAAGGAGAUUCUCUCGGUUGCCAGUAUGGUCGAGGGAAGUCAAUCCGACAUCCUGAAGAUAGUGUCCUGCGUGAUUGAUCCUCUGCUCCAAUCGAUCCAAGAGUCAGCAUCACAUCUUCCCACCACGGAUAUGGCGGUUUACCUGCUCAACUCGCUCUAUCAAAUCGAGAGCGUGUUGACGAUCUACGAAUACAUGGAGGACCGAUUGGAGCGACUCCAGGCGCAGUCCGAUGCGCAGCUUGAUACGCUAACCUCUGAACAGGCCUCAUCACUGGUCGCCAAUCUCAAUCUGGGACCCAUUUAUACCGUGUUACAGAGUAGUGCUGCAAAAAUUGAGCAACGUCAUUUGCAACUGUUUAUGUCAAAACUAGAUAGCUUUCUCGAGAUGCCGGAGAUUUUGCUGCUACCGCAAGUGAACCUUCUGCAGAGCGGAAACCACAGGACGACAGUGCAGAAGCGUUCCUUCAAUGUGAUCGUCGCAAUCUACAAGCAGAUAUACGAGCGUAUUCACGAUCCGGCCAGCGGGUACGAGCGACCGGAGGCUGUGUUUUCUAAAACACCAGAGCAGGUGGCCGAACUGUUGUGUGGUUGAGAAAGUGAUAAUUAAUUUCAGAAUUAUGCAGUUACAGACAAAUAAAGAAAUUAUUAUAAACACUA